CAACCUCGCCACGAGUCUCAUGUGCGACAACCGCGUCGCGGCCAUGACUUGAUUCUGUGCCCGUAGCGCCAUUUCACCACCAUGCAGUCGCAACACGCGACAGCCACGCCGACGGGCAAUGGACCGGCUCGGAAACCGCGCAAAAGCCGUGGCCGCGGCCUCAGGACCACCACGGGCUGUACGAUAUGUAGGAAAAGGCACAUGAAAUGCGAUGAAAUCAAGCCACAAUGUGGUCCUUGUGCCAAAGGGAAUCGACCGUGCGUGUACGGAGCGCCCGUUUCAGAGAUCGAUUCCAAUUCUCGUUCCUCGCAGCCAUAUUACCACAACUCUGGGAAUCCGAAUUCGCCUGUGAACGAGCGUACUCCACGGACGAGCAUCGCCUCGGAACAGUCAGAUACAGACACCAACAAGCAGUGGUCAGCACAGCUUGGUGAUGAGACCAUGCACAUGACCAGCCCUCAGAGCACUUACAGCAACUCUACUGGCUACGGGACUGAAGUUGCCCCACUCCGAUGGUUCGGCCUCCUCGCUGGCGACGCAGUCACCGGCGCACCGGAUGUGCUGUCCCUUGAAGUGCUCGGCGAUGCUGCCCUUGUACGCCGCCACGAGAUGUUCCCUGAUGGUGCCACAGGCUCAGAUCUUGAGCUUCAGCGUUCCCUCAGCAGGCCCUAUUUUGGUCUGGAGGCCUUCGCUUCACAGAAUGCAUCGAAAUUGCUGCAGAUAUCCGCCUUCUCCAAUGGCACCAACGGCGCUGAGGGCGAGCGUCAGCAAUGGCAGGCAGCUCAGCCAAUACAGCUGAAAGACCACGAAUUCGACAUUUUUCAAAGCUUCGUCACGGAGACCAGUACCUGGAUCGAUCUGCUUGACCCAUCCAAGCACUUUUCAACGCUCGUGCCACAUUUGGCGUUGCACAAUGAGGGCUUAAUGAAGGCCUUACUGGCACUUGGAGCAAGACACCUAUCCAUAAAGCCGAUGCGUACGGGUGAAGCAAGCGUAGACCGCACAGCUGCUGUGCAGUAUUAUUAUGAGACGCUACAAUAUUUGCAAACCGCUAUGAGGUUCACAACGUACAAGAACAGCCGCGAACUACUUGCAACUGUACUCAUAGUGAGCAUGUACGAGAUGCUGGACGGCGCAGGCAAAGGCUGGGAACGGCAUUUGAAGGGCGUCUUCUGGAUUCAACGAAGCCGUGAGAUCAAUGGCGAGAGUGGCAGCUUCGAACAGGCCAUCUGGUGGGCCUGGCUCAGGCAGGAUGUGUGGGCCGCUUUUCGCGAGAACCGAAGAUGCUUCAGUUUCUUCAAGCCGACAAAGUCGUACCAAAAUAUGGACAUUUGGGACAUGGCCUCGCGUGUUGUUUAUAUCCUUGCGCAAGCCGUCAACUACAGCUCUCAAGAGGAAAAACAGCUUGGCGAGGCCGAUCUCUCCAACCGCAUAUCCCGAGCGAAUACGCUGCUGAACAUGCUUGACGAAUGGAGGAACAGUGUCAGCAUCAAUUUCAACCCACUCCCAGUUGAAGGACCUUCGAACCGAGCGUUCCGCCCCAUAUGGAUUUACCCAUCUGCUUUCGGAGUCUCGUUGCAGAUGUUCUGCAUGGCCCGCAUACUACUGCUCAUCCAUCAGCCUGCCGCCGGAGGAUAUUUAGAGUACCUGCAACGCGACAAGAUCAUAACCGAGUGCAUCGAUACGAUUGGAGGGAUUGCCAUGAAGCUUACAGAAGACGCGAGUCGCUUCAUGUCCGCUCAAUGUCUAUACGCUGCUGGUCUGUACUGUACGGACGAGGCCAAACAGCAAUACAUUGCCGAGCUCAUACUGGAUCAUCAUAGUCACACUGGAUGGCCCGUGAACACGGAUCUGGCCGAAGAACUUCGCGCAGAGUGGGCGAAACAGACGCAGAACAAACUCCCUGGAUAGAUGGAACUAAACUUCGGAUCUUCAGAGUAUUCUGAUGUGAUGGUCAUCAAUGCACAAGCUCGUGUAAUACUGUCCGGGUUUCUCUCAGACGGUUUCUGGGGCGCAACUGUCCUUAUUUGCCAAGCUGAGCAGCAGGGCCUUGCCGCUCUCGUCAGAGAUAAAAGUACUUUUCAACAAUCUGGACAAGUAAUCGGCAGCACACACCCUU